AUGCUUCCGCACUUUCUCGGCAUCUCUUUCCACACCCGCAAGCUUUCACUCCUCCGUCAGUACUCGUGAGUGCGCGCCAUUUUGAUAACUGCGCCGUUGAAAACGUGACUAUCUGCGCCGUUCGCAGAGUGCUGAAGCGUUUGAAUAGUAUUUGGCGUGCAUUUUCUUCACUCGCGCUGAGGACUUUGGAACGUCAAUUUUGUGCGCUGCGUCAUCCGAGAUGCCGCCGAUCCGUUGUCUGCUGACUGUACCGCACAUUCAGAUAAAGCGGACGUACCACUUGGAAGAAGGUUCCGUGGUCGCCCUCAAACAUGCGAUUGCCACAUGUCCUGUCCUUGGGUCGCAAGUUCAACUGUCUUGCAGCAAAUUUCAGGUAAUGGAUCCUCUGUUCAAUGAACUUGUCGACCUCGCUACUGAAGACAGCAUACCCGAUAUGUCGAAAAUCGUUCUUAUGGCACAGCAAGAAAGUAGCGGGAAUGAAGCGCCGUCAUGUUCAUCGUCACAGGACGACAUGCCAGCAACGCCAUGUGUAUCUUAUAAUGGGGCCGUCCUUGAAGAUGCAGAGUUUUUCUGGCUGAUGGUAGACCAGACAAAGUGUUUUCAAGUGACUAAUGCAGAGGAAGGACUUGUCGCAAUUAUGUGUGCAAACUGGUUGUUCAAUGUUCAAUAUGCUUGUAAAGCGUUCAACACCCUUGUCGUCCUCGAAAGAUUUUUUUAGCUCGAAAAGACAACACCAAGAUCUGUUGUUGCGAAGUUCUUAAACAUUGUCGUAAAAUCCACAUAGUCAUAUGAUAAUGCCAUAUGGUAAUGUUCUUGCACAUUUGCCUUACUGCAUAUUUUUUAUGUUUGAUUGUAUUAGUGAUUGAAAAUUUAUUGAUUUUGCAUUUGCUUCACAAGUCGUGCAUGUUU